AAUCUCGAAUUAGAAAUCGAAUCGAAAAAAUCGCCUAACCACCGAAGAUUCUCAGUGUGCACGAGAAAAUGGCGAAAUCAAUGGCGACGCUAGAUUCUGGCACCACAUGUUCCUCCUGGAAUCACUCCGGCCGCCGAUUAGCCACCGGAUCCCUCGACGGAAGCUUUUCCGUAUACGACUCCUCUACUUCGUCUUCUUCGACUUUCACUUGCACUUCCAAAGUUAGGGUUAGUGAAUCGAGUAUCGUAAAGAUCGUUUGGUUGCCUUCAGAGUACGGCGAUGCAGUAGCCUGCAUUUGCGAAGAUGGGAGCUUAUCAACUUGGGAGGAGCUCUCUGAAGACUCACAUGCUCUUGAGUGGAAAUUGUGUAAGAGUAUAAAGAACAAGUCUAGCCAAGUGCUCGAUGUUCAAUUUGGAGUUUCCAGAAAGAGUCUAAAGAUGGUUGCAGCAUAUUCUGAUGGUUACCUUAGGGUUUUUGAGCUGUUGAAUCCUUUGGAACUAAAGAAUUGGCAACUUCAGGCCGAGUUUCAGAAUGUGAUCGAUUCUCUAUCGAUGCUCGGUAAACCUUCAAGCUUAUCUGCAUCUGUUUCUUGGAAUCCGAUGAAAGGCGAAGAGCAAGAACCAAGCUUUGUUUUAGCCUUCAACUCUGACUCUCCACAUCUUAACUCUUCCAAGAUAUGGGAGUUUGAUGAAGCUCAUAACAGAUGGUUGGCAGUAGCAGAAUUAGCCUUACCAGAAGACAAAGGUGAUCCAGUUUAUGCUUUGUCAUGGGCUCCAAAUAUUGGCCGACCAUACGAGGUUGUUGCUGUUGCAACUCAUAAAGGCAUAGGAAUAUGGCAUGUUGGUCUAGCUCCUGAUCUUGAAGGAAGGCUUCCAGUAAAGAAGGUCUCCUCGCUUUCUGGCCAUCAAGGCGAGGUUUGGCAGAUGGAAUGGGACAUGAGUGGCAUGACUUUAGCUAGCACUGGAAGUGAUGGAAUGGUCAAAUUGUGGCAGUCAAAGUUAAAUGGAGAAUGGCACGAGCAGGCCACGCUUGAACCAGUUCCCUCCUAGGUCCCCAUCACCCCUAUGUCCGAAAACAUUUUCGUUUCAUUUCCCGGACAUUAUUUGAUAGUGUUGCUCAGUUUUGUUUCUGACUUUAAAGACUAGUCUAUAAGUUUUAUGUAAUUUUGGUCUUCCUUUCUUUUCUCAUCUAGUCAGUCAUUUUCUCUCGUCCCACUGA